AUGGCUGCUUCAUCAGUGCCACUAGGCAGUACUUCCGUGCCGACUUACAACCCACCUCGGUUCGCGACACUGACUUCCACUACACUCUGGGAACGCGAUGAGAUUCGAUAUGGUGAUGAAGAUGUAUACGCCUUGAUGAACCUAAGAGAAGCUGAAGGGGUAACAUUGCUGGAUGCAAUUGAUGCGGGUCGGAUCCCGCGCCCCGCUGAAAUGACUUUUCCAAGAUGGCAAGCCUGGCGACGCGGUGAAGGCAUGAGACCCACGCGUCGACGGGAUGGACGAGGCCUGACCACUGCUGAAGAGGUAGAGCUGUGGAGAGAAGUCAUGCGGCAUCUCUAUGGAGACGAUCGAGCAGAUGCGCUCGGAGAAGAAGAUGAGGAAGGAGAAAUGGAAGGAAGUCCUGAAGGGGUUCUGGCGAUUCCUCACGCGGUUUCACCCAGUCCGUCCGAACCGCCAGAGGGCAGCCCAACUCCUCCUGUUGCAGGUUCUGCGGCUGCAAGCGUGACUGGCUUGAGAGCCCAGAUCAGAGCCCUUUAUGAUCCUGAAAAAGAAGACCUGGGUGACUAUCUCUUACGAAUGGGACGAAUCGUCACUGCACUUCAGGUCUUGGACGCAGGGUGUGCUCCAAACACGCUUGACUUGAUCACCCGCAAGGCUGAGAUCUUGAUCGAGCUGUACGGUGAAAUCGGCACUAUGGAUCGAAGACGCGCCGUAGCAGUUCUGAGGGACAAGUUCACGGCGUAUGCCUUGGACGACAAGAUGAGCCCUCGAGAGAAAGACCUCUCUAUCGGAGCGGUAGGAGAGAUCAUUUUCAGCAGCUGGGAGGGUAUCCAAGUGCGAGUCCUGACAAGGUUCUCAGUACUCCAUCCGAUUCCAAAGGAAGCGGAGCAAAGAAGGAUGGCCCCUCAGGUCCUGCUGGAAGAGGUGACAAGAUCGGUGGAGUCGGUUAGCGGACUUGCCGCGGCUUUGGAAGCACAGACAAAGGUGCUGAAGGAAGCCCUCGCGGGUCGCAGUCGCAGUACCAGUUCUGUGACCGCGGUCAAAACGGAUCUCCACUGGCCGACACUUGGAGACGAUCGCUCUGAUUUUCGCGAUGUGACCCAAUUUUAUCAGGAGUUUGAGGUUGUGAACAGCCCGGAAACGGUCUACGAGCGAAUCAAGGCUAAGCACCUCGUGUUCAGUGAGUCCAGAGAAGAACGUGAGAUUCGCAUCGACAGCGAGCAUGCCAGCCUGGCAAAGGGGCUAUGGGGCUCCGAAGCAGUUCUGAGCGGACCUCAGACAUGGGAAGAGGCCCACAAGGUGGUCCUCGAAUUUGAGCAACGGGAGGCAACCAACCGAGCUACCGCAAGUGCAGUCUACACACUCCAUGGUGAAGGUGAGGACCGUCCGAGUGGCCGACCAAAGCACCCGAAGAAAGUGAAGAAGGACGCUAAGGAAGGCCAUCCUUUUGUCAAGGAGGCUUAG